GUGCAACACGACUCGCAGGCUUCCGUUACGGCUCGGCUGAUAUUUGAUGGCAGCGCUCCACAGACGGCGACAUGAGCCCGCCGACAGAGACGAGCCGCCCGCGGGGGCGUCCCGCUCCGGUACCGGAGGAGGAGGAGAGUCGUCCGGCGACGGCUCCUCCGCGGUGACCUCGAAGCUCGCCGCCGCGGGCUUUUACGGAGUCAGCUCGUUUUUCAUCGUCGUGGUCAACAAGAGCGUCCUCAGCAGCUACAGAUUCCCGUCGUCGACAUGUGUCGGAAUCGGCCAAAUGCUGGCUACAGUCGUAGUUCUGAGGAUGGGGAAGAUGCUGGGCAUCAUCUCGUUUCCGGAUGUGGAUCUGAGUAUACCACGCAAGAUGUUCCCAUUGCCUCUGCUGUAUGUCGGGAAUCAAAUAUCGGGACUCUUCGGGACGCAACGACUCAAUUUACCCAUGUUUACAGUUCUGAGGAGGUUCAGUAUUUUUCUCACCAUGGUGUUUGAGGGACUCUUGCUGAAAAAGACUUUCUCAACGUCGAUUAAAGCGACGGUGUUCACCAUGAUCCUUGGUGCUUUCAUUGCCGCCAGCGCCGAUUUAGCUUUCGACCUCGAAGGAUACCUCUUCAUAAUGCUGAACAACGUUCUGACCGCGGCCAGCGGCGCCUAUGUGAAGCAGAAACUUGACUCGCAGGAUCUGGGCAAAUACGGGCUUCUGUACUACAACGCUCUGAUCAUGAUUUUUCCCACUGUGGCUUACGCGUACUAUUCAGGGGACUUGCAGAUGGGGCUGGAGUAUGAUGGCUGGUCCGACCAGCUGUUUGUUGUGCAGUUCGUGCUCUCCUGUGUCAUGGGCUUUAUUUUGAUGUACUCCAUUAUGCUGUGCACACAGUGCAACUCGGCGCUCACCACCUCCAUCGUGGGCUGUAUAAAGAACAUUGUUGUGACCUACAUUGGAAUGGUGUUCGGAGGAGAUUACAUAUUCACCUGGACCAACUUCAUCGGUCUCAACAUCAGCAUCGCCGGGAGCCUGGUGUAUUCGGUCAUCACCUUCACACAGGAGCGAGCCAGUAAGAGCAGUUAAAAGAACGACGAAAAGGCAUAAAUCAUGGAGCCCAGAUCACCACACCGAAGAACACGUCUCAUGUCUGUCUACACUACAUGGAUGUUUUUAAAUAAUGUUUUACUAUCGUGCAUGUAUUUUCUGAGCACACAUUUUUGCUACAAUGAUGAAAAGCUAUUUGCUGAGAGACUGUGAUCAGCUAUUACGUUUAUAAUCAUGACAGUGCCUUAACUUUUUUAUAAUUUACAUUUUACCGAUUUAAAACAAUAACAAGGGGAAUGUUAUAUCUGAGAAAUCAAUAAAAUGAAAGUAUAGAUUUUAAGAAAAUGU